GCAGUAAACUGCCACAGUUAUCUGUUAUUACUUACGAGCGAGGUAUACCGGGUGUUCGGAUACGCGAAGGCAUUUUGUGCGGGUGGAGUUUUGAAAAAUUGCGCUACUUUGGUGUGUUGAUUUUUUCUCUGUUAAAUCCGGGGUUUAUUGCUGGAUUUAUUUCGUGGACAAGGAAAUGGAUUUCACCCACAUUGGGCUUCAUGUGGAUUAAUCAGCAACAUUUGAUGACUCUACUGCCCAAUUGCGAAGUUUUUGUAUCGUCAAAAUGAAUUUUUUGUUUUUUUUACUUUUGGCCCUUUGCCUAGUGGAAAUCCACAGCCAGAGGAGUAGAACUUCCAACACAAAUGAAGAACCAGCGCCAAGUCGAACGCGAGGCAGAGCGCGCUUUUCUGCGGCCGAAGUUCUUGCAGAACAAUCGACGCCAGCCACCGCCAACAGGCGAGCUUCCACCAGGACAAGAAUCCAUUCGAAUAAUCCCCAAGCUGCAGCUGAACGGCGUGCCCGCCCUACGGAAGCGCCCAGAUCUUAUGAAGUGGAAGAAAUCAACAACGAUUCUCCAAUAGAUUCAUUCAGGCGACAAAGCAAAUCCAGGGUUUUAACUGAAAGCCGAUUUGAAGCCCCCAGUCGAAGACCUGCAAUAGAAGUGUCUUCAGCAGCUGUAACUCCUGCAGUUGCAGAUAUACUGCCAGUGGAUGAGCUGGGAUUUGGAAGCACAGCUAGAGCCAUUCUGCAAGCUAGAGGGCAGACUCUUCCGCCUAAAACGACCACUCCUGUAGUGGAUGAAGAAUAUCUUCUGACCAACUUUGGGAGCACCAUUCGCUCUUUGGCUGCCGCCUCUAGGAGUGCUCAGGCUUCUUUUGCUGGCAAAAGCAACAUUCCUCAGCGAGCCACUGUGCUGCGCUCAGAAGCCCCCAUUCUAACCAGAGAAGACUUGCGUAGCUCUGCUCCUGUUCCAUCCGUUAGAGCAAGCCCAGAACGACUUGCUCCCUCCCGAUCUAGACCUGGAAGCAGAGCAAAACCAGUUGAAGUUAGACCUGCAGUUGAGGAAAACGUGCGAGCUCCAGCUGAGGAACCAGAACCAGUGCAAGGACUCAGCGAGGCAGCUGAACUAGUCACAGAAACACAGCCAUUGGAAAUAUCAAGUGAAGCACAGCAUCUGCUGGAGGGAGCUGGUGGGGUCUUCAGCGAAGAAACCUCCACCCUCAAGUCGACAACAGCGCAGCCAAAUCGGGUAGUCUCUAAAGGGCGCAGACCAUCCCCCAGACCGAGCGUAGUUGAGUAUUCACCAGCUCCAAGACUCAGAUCCAGAGUGACUACUAAUAGAAGACCUGCACAGCCCAGCGGGGAAACAUCUUCAUCCAGACCUCGCUUUAGCAGGAGGAAACUGGAAGACUCAAUAGAAGCAGAGAGCAGCUUUCGAGGCCCUGCAGUUGCCACAGUGGAGCAGUUUGAGGCCGCCACUUCCAGGUCGCGCCCAGGUAGGAAAAUCGACAGCAAAUUUGAACGCGUGCCUGUAGACUUAACUCCUGAAUCCACAACCGUAAGAAGUAGAAGCUCUGGAAGAAGAGCAACUACUUCUGACCCUAGUUCAGUUGAACGCUCCAAUGUGGGGGAAAAGGCAAGUAGAGGGCGUGCAAGGUCGAGAACUGAAACCCCUACUGCAUCAACCAGCCGAUCUGCAGGAAGACGUGCUGAACAAAGACGCCCAACGGAAACGCCUAAUAGCAAACCGAGUAGCAGUAGAAGAAGGGGCGGCAGUGAAGAAGGCAGCAGAAGGGCGACCAAUGAAGACAGAAGCUCUCGGGAAAGGUCAACCACCAGGCGGGAAGGCUCUUUAGUUGAAGCCCCAGCAAGGCGAAAAGGGGGCCAAAGCAGGUUUGCCACGCAACCUCAAGAGGCGCCGUCAUCAAGAAGUAGAAACCCUGCCCGUUUGGAAGAAUCUGUCGAAGACACCACGGUGUUUUACGGCGAAAAGUCUCGCAGCACCGACGCGCCUGAAACUUCGAGUUCGACCACCACCACAGCUAAGUCAGCAGUUGAAAGGAAGCCACUAAAAGAGAGUUUUAGAUCGAGAAGCCGGUUCCCAAUUUCCCCUCCGAUAAUCGACGAAACCAAGCUGGAGGUGCUUCCGUUGUUUGAGCGGGAACCCAAAUCACUAGUUUCAACCCGAUCUAGAGGUAGAGGCAGAUCGAGCGUCAGUAGAAGAAGCAGCGUGGAUCACAUGCAUGUGAGUGCAACGGAGAAUGAUGUAAAAUUCGUGGAAAAGCCCACAACCAGCGCAUUUUCCCGAGUGACCGUCACAAGGGCUGAACCAGUGGAAGCGAGUACUGGUAGAGCUCGACUGAGCACUCGGGUUACUUCUUCGACUGAAGCGCCUAAAUCCUCUUCACCAACCCCUGAAACGACAACCCGAGCAAAAACGUCGCCAAGAAUCAAGGAAUCAGUGGUUUCGGAAGUGAACCAGGUCAUUUCCAAAAGCACCAUCACACGGAGGAAGAAGGUUUCGAAGGCUAAAGCAGCAGAGAUGCUGUCGAGAGGAAACAAGAAGGCUGAACUAAACCCACAGGAAAAGAGUAGGAGUUCAGAGGAGGAUGUUGGUGAGGAGGACAACUACCCUGAACCAUUCAAGGCGCUGAUCCAGGCCAAGAAAUCUAAGGGUGAAGUGAGACCGACAAAACCUUCACUGAAGAGCUUUACGGUGACCCCCAAGACCAGCACCACGGAAAAACUGGUCGUGACUUCUACUGUUUCACCUAGAUCUUCACCUUCUUCAGCACGUGCCAUCACUGGAAUUCCUAAGAGGUCGCAAGAUAUCAAUGAAAUCAUAAACGAUAACGAUAACGAGUUGGAUCCUAAACCGAAGCAACCAUCCACCACCUCCACCACUCCUCGACCAACUCGGCCUCGUCAAUUGCCAAAGUUUUCCGAAAAAAACGCCAAAUCCAGACUCUCCACCAAGCCAACAUCGGCGUCCCGCAAAAGCUACGCCCCUCGAAACGCGGUUGACCAUCAAGUGAGGAGAAAAACUCUUCGAUCAACUGCCAGUCCUCCUCCUACCACUCCACUCAGUGUGGUUACUAAAGAAACCAAGUUUUCGGCAAAGUUCGUGAAAAAGGAAACUGAUGGUUUGAGUAAUGGGAAAACUGUGGGAGGACCACAACCAAAGGGGCUCUACAGUAGUAAGCGGGUGGACAAGGAAGUAGAGGCGAUUGGAGUAGCUCAGAGCCCUAAACCGGUGCAGCCAAUCAAAAAAUUCAACACCAGCAGAUACAGUUCUAGAUAUCGUCUGGACACCUCUAGCAGAAGCUCGGUACUAAAGUCAACUACCAGUGCUCCGUUUUACAUUCCUACUAUACCGACUCCUGCCUAUGUGCCGACGGUUCCCACACUUAGGCCACCCGUAACACCCGUGGAUGGCGUCGUUGCAGUUACAGAUGAUGAUCUGGGCGUCGAAGUGAUCAGUUUUGAUGAUCCAGUUAAUAGCAUUGCAUCGGCCGAUUUGGUUAAUGGAGAGUUUUUGACCACCGAUAAAAAUUUGAAACUCACUGCCACGGCAAAGGAUGGCACCACGGAGAAAGCAGUCUCGAUAAUCGAGCGAAUAAUCAACUCGAUAACAAUGAUAUCGACCACGGAGGCCCCAAACACAUCCACAUCCAAUCUUCCACCAUCAUCACCUAAUGCAGCGUCGGAAAACUCGGCCAUAUUGAAACUGGCCACCAAAAAAACGACCCCUAAAGACAAGACCACACCCGACAUUCAGACAAACAUUAUCGAGACAAUAACCAGCGAAAAACCGACAACAAUUAUCGAGAAAAUCCGUAGUUCCUUAACGGCGAUCCAAACGAACGAAGUAGGUACAUCGAAUUUGAAUACAGUAAGCAGUUCAUCUACUACUCCGCUGUCCACUGUAACUAAAUAUUCGGCCAAAUUUAGGGGUAGUUCUGUAGGUACUACUGCGCUUCCUGCACCACUGGCUUUGAGCACUCCCAUCAAUCCGUUGACCGCGUUUCCCGACAUUGACCAAAACGAGGUUCUAGAGAAACGCACCAUUGGUAAACUGUUAGAUAUCUUGAAUGGAUUGGUUUCAACCAACCCGCCGGCCGAUCAAAACGAAAACCUUGUGGUUGUCACUCCGAAAUCUCCUGGCUUUGUUUCCACCACGUUUUCACCACAAGAACCCAUCGAAGCUGUGACUUUUGAUGGGUUACAGCCUCGGUUUACUGAUGUUUCCACUGCGGCUUCUCUUGUUGUAAAUACCACACCUCUCACUACUUCUACUGCUGCCACUACUGUUACUGAUGUAAAUACCGAGUCUUCUACUUUAACGCAAAUGGAAACUACCACUACUCCCGCUAUUACAACCACUGCUGGUGAGAGUGGUAGUGAAACCACUUCGAGCUUACCACUUACCACCACCACUGAUUUACCCACAACCACUACCACAGCUAGUGAGUCCACAACGGUGCCAACUAUUCCAAUGUUCCAAGUGAGUCCGGGAAGUGUUUCAAUUUUCUCAGCUAAUGACCUGGUUAACUCAGUAACUGUUGAUGAUAACUUGUUUAACACCGUCACUAUCGCCGGUAGAGUAGGGUUUGAUAACAAUCUGCUAACGUCCACUGAAACGACUGAAAGUGCCACUACAGUGGAACCCAGCACCAGUCCAGGGCUGCCCACCACAGAUAUGGGAGUGACUACCCUCAUACCCACUGAGGGAACGACUGAAGUCGACAGCAGCACCACCCUAACUAAUACUCCCGAUUCAACCACCGUAAUUCUAACCACCACUACCACCAGUGCUAAACCAUCCCCCAGGUCUGGUAGAAUCCUGUCGAGUGACGUGGGCGAACCAAUAGGAAACAGCCUGGACGUUUCCACACCAUCCACGACCACUUCUACCACUCCUGACUAUUUCAUAUUUGCAGUUCUAAACAAUAACACGAUUUUACGUAAACGGCCUCCCACCAUACCGAAUAAGGACACGCCCUUCAUAGUGGUGGGGCUGUUUCCGAACAAUACGGUUGUUAGGAAGUUCCCGAAUGGAACGUUGGUUCCAAUGGACCCCGUGAUAAAGGUUAGGGGCUUUGAUAUCAGGCCUAAUCCCCCGCCCUUGGUCGAAAUAACAAGUAACCAAGUAACAGAUACCACCAAUGGAAUGACUCCCCUGGACAAUAAUUCAGCUACGGUUGAAUCGAACCGAAUGUCUCGUUUGCUUGCAACUGAACAGCAACCAACUUCAACUAGUAUUGUUACAGUUUCUGCCCCAUCAACUACAACUCUUGCCCCAUUAACAACAGCCAGUACGACUGUUUCAACCAGUACAGUUUUGCCAAGUACUUCCACUAUGCAAACGGCUAGUACUACUGUAGAGCCUGGAGUGGUGCGCAUAAUGGCAAUACCUGGGGAAAUGCGAAUAAGCAAAGCACUAGAAACCACCACUCAGGCAGAAUCCAGUACAACCCAGCCCAGUACAAUGGCAACGAGCACAAUGUGGCAAAGUACUGAAACGAUUCCGCCAACUUUAGGGGAAAUUCUCAAUGGCCGAACUGUAGAUGCCUUGAACAAUCUGAUCAAGUUAGAUGCAACUUCCACAACCACACAGGUUCCUAACUUUAAAACUUUGCAAGUCAAUCAGUAUAACGAAGUACUGAACAUACAGGACUUGAUAAAUCGCAACAACGGGAACGUUAUUUAUCGUUGGAAGCCUGUAACGAAGGCCGAAUACAAAAGUAUCAAGAACUCUUUAGCUCUUAGUACUGCUGAACCCAGCACUGUUACCACACUCCAAACUAGUGAAACAAUGGCACCAUUUACUUCACCCAUUCUGAGUACUGAAAAAACCACCUUUGUACCCACUACAGAUGAUUUGCUCUUUACCUCUACUCUUAUGUCGACUCUUGCGCCUGCAAGCACCACCACUCCAGAACCAACCACACAGAGUAGCACCACAACCACUUCCACCACCACUACCACCACCACAACUACUACCACGCCUCGGCCGACUACGACGACCACAACAACCACAACAACUCAGAGGCCGACUACCACUAAAAGAGUUGAAACCACGACUAGGAAACUAAUGAGCACAACUGGCUUCCCUUCGUUUACUCCUUCGGGUAUUUUGCCCACCUUUUUGACUACGCUAUUUCCCAAUUUAAUCCGGGGAACGAUCAGUCCUCAAGAAAACAGUCGACCAGUGGAUGUUUCGAACAGCCUCUCGGACAGAUUUGAGGUUUUAGCCGCUGCUGGAACCACAGCCCGACCCACAGUGAUCCUUUCACAAUCUCCCUCAACGCAGAGGAUUUCCACCACUACCCCUACAACCACUACCACCACCUCUACCACCACUACCACGACCACUACCCAAGCCCCUCCUCCUACGACUGAAACGCCCACUACCACAACUCCUAAACCCAAGCCGGCCAGCACCAAAGAAGACACAGACAAACUGUUCGAGGAGCUGAAGAAGAGCGGCAAGCUUAACAACCUGAAUGAAGAGCAGAAGAGAAAUCUGGCGGAGAUUGAGAAGAUUGAGAAGGAGCAAGCUGCGCUAUUGAAGCAGCUGAGUUUGCUAACAACAAUGUUUGCGCCCCCGAACGUCCGAGCGCCUACUUUGUCGCCUAUGCCCAAUCCCCUAAGUGCUAGCAGCAGCAGCUUGGCCAAUAGGGUAAUUGCAAUGGCAAUGGAGCGGGAUCGCUCGCGCUCCAUGACAACCACCCAGGAGCCUCAAACUACCACUAAGCGCCGCCCUAAUUCCAUUCAAGAUCAGUUGCCGAUCACUCAUGUGGAGGACGCCACCAAAAAAACCACGCCUUCUUUGGAGGAUAUUUUGAAGCAAUACAACCUGGAUGGGUUGUCAACCCCCGCUCCAUUAACAUCCACGUAUGGGAAAACCGAUGAGGCACUAUUGGCUGCUAUUUUAAAGGAGCACGGGAUUGGCCCCACUACUCCCAAAAUUCUGGGGGAAAGAGUCAAGGAGGCUGGAAUUUUUGAGGAAGCGCCCACCACCAAGAAGCCGAAGCCCAAAUCCAGACCGAUUGCAACCACUUCCCGACCAGUAGGAGGCAGAUUGAUGCAAGGGCUUAAUUGGUUGUUGGACAUCUUGGAUCCUCCCACCACCAAGAAGCCCACAGCCAGGAAGGCGCCUUCCAAGCCAGCUGCGUCCAAACCAAAUGCUGCAGAUGAUGAAAUCUUGUCCAAUCAGCCCACUAGAAUCACUCCAAUGGUGACGGCUGCACCUGUGACUAAACCCAGCCUGACUCAGGAUGAAAUCCAGGGGUUGAUCAAGCAACUGGAGGCAGUUCAGAACGACCCGGACGCCGCAGAUCAGCUGGAUUUUUCCAAGAUCAAAAGCCUGCAGAAUUUGAUCAAUGUGAAUGAAGGCGUUCAGGUCACUCACACUGGGCAACAUGGAGCUACGUCCAGAGCCACGCCUAGGCCGCCUAGAGUGAGAUCCAGCACUGAAAAAGAUCGAUUGUUGGCUGAGAUCAAUCGCAGGCCAAAAGCUUCGACGAUUUCAACGUUGAGUGUCAGCAACAGUAUUGAUGAUGAUGAUGAAGAUGAGGAUGCGUCUUCAAUAUCAACCACAACCCGGACUCGUGUUAUGCCUCCGGUUAGUCUCAAUCCCAUUCCGGGGAUUGAUGAUCAAGGCGAUUCCAUGAUCAGGAGUAACUUAUUAACUGCCGCUGUUAACGUUACCAGAGCCAUAUCUAGCUUUUUAGGAUCCGCGAUACAAGGUGCAACUAAAGGGUUCCAAACCCUGAUAGGUUCCGGUUCUAGUAUGGUAGGCAACAUUGCUCAAUCAUCCAGUGCUGCAAGAGGUUAAUUGGGCCUCGAACUUGCGACGAAAGAACCUAUUCGAAAAGUGAAUUCGAAAAACUUAUGUGUAUUUAUUGUAAGUAUGUAAGAAAUGUAAAAGUUUUCCAGCCUAAAUAAAAAUGACAAAAAAUCACCUCCUAGUCAACUAACAAUGAUAAUUGCGAAAUUAACUGACCAGUUUCUGCCAAUGUAUUUUUCCACUAUCUUGCAAACCAUACGAUUGUGAGGAUGUAUGCUUUUAUUACUAUAAUCAAUGUAUAGAUUUUACGGUCUCCUUGCAACAAACAGCAUCGAGGAGUUUUCGGAAUUGGUUUCCGCAUAAUUAAAUUAACAAUUUGUUAAGGUUGUUAUUACGAACGACUUGUUUUUGUUCCCUUAACAAUAGAUCGUGAUAUAUAGAAAUAUUACAAUCCUGUUGUUUAUAGUCGCAUGUUUCUGUAUAUUACGAUGCCAUGAUCAAUGUAGAUAUAUAGACACUAUUUUAGCAAUUUAUUUGUCGCUUACUUUGUGAAUCGAUGUCUUUUACCUUUUUUUAAUUUUAUUUUAUUAUCGGUCUGCUUUCUUAUUUGUAUUGUACAUAGACCUGAACAGUUUUUCUUGUAAAUUAAAUUUCCUCCUUUUCUGUAUGAUAUAUGUAAUGUGUAAAAUGUAAAUAGAGAUUUUAAUAAUUAUGA